GUCGGGUGGCCAGAAUUCCGACAGCACGUGAAGGCAGCAGCAGCAGCAGCAGGCGGGGACUGAGGUGAAGCCGAGAAGAAGCGACCAUGGCCGGGCUAAUGACAGCGAGGAGAGCUCUCGGUUUGUGUCUCCGCGGUCGUCGGAGUCUCUCUCAGCUGGCAGAGUUACCGGAGACUCAUCAGAUCCUGAGACAGACGUGCAGAGACUACGCCGACAGAGAGCUGACGCCCAUCGCUGCCAAGCUGGACAAAGAGCAUUGUUACCCUGCCAAACAGAUUCAGGAGUUGGGGGCGAUGGGUGUGAUGGCCAUGGAGGUCCCCGAGGAGCUGGGCGGAGCUGGGAUGGACUACCUGGCGUACAGCCUGGCGAUGGAGGAGAUCAGCAGAGGCUGCGCGAGCACCGGCGUCGUGGUCUCUGUGAACAACUCUCUCUACAUCGGACCCGUCCUGAAGUUCGGCACCGACGAGCAGAAGCAGCAGUGGAUCACACCGUUCACCACCGGAGAGAAGGUGGGCUGCUUCGCCCUCAGCGAGCCAGGUAACGGCAGUGACGCCGGCGCCGCCUCCACCACGGCGCGUCAGGACGGGGACGAGUGGGUGCUGAAUGGAACCAAAGCGUGGAUCACCAACAGCUGGGACGCCUCGGCCACCGUCGUGUUCGCCACCACGGAUAAGAAACUCAAACACAAGGGUAUCAGCGCCUUCCUGAUCCCCAUGCCUCACCCGGGGCUUUCUCUGGGGAAGAAGGAGGACAAGUUGGGCAUCAGAGCCUCAUCCACCGCCAACAUCAUCCUGGAGGACUGCCGGGUUCCUCUGAGCAACAUGCUGGGCCCUCGGGGUGCCGGGUUCAAGAUCGCCAUGCAAACUCUGGACAGCGGCCGGAUCGGCAUCGCCUCUCAGGCUCUUGGUAUCGCUCAGGCUGCUCUGGACUGUGCCGCAGACUACGCCCACAAACGCACCGCCUUCGGAGCCCCCAUCGGCAAGCUGCAGGCCAUACAGUUCAAGCUGGCCGACAUGGCUGUGGCCGUCGAGAGCGCUCGCCUGCUCACCUGGAAAUCUGCUCUGCUCCGAGACUCAAAGAAACCGUUCACUAAGGAGGCGGCGAUGGCCAAACUGGCAGCGUCUGAAGCCGCCACGUUCUGCUCCCAUCAGGCGAUCCAGGUUCUGGGCGGGAUGGGUUACGUGUCCGACAUGCCCGCCGAGAGACACUACCGCGACGCCCGCAUCACGGAGAUCUACGAGGGCACCAGUGAGAUCCAGAGGCUGGUGAUAGCCGGCCAAUUACUGAAGGAGUACCAGUCAUAGACGCAGCGCCGGGGACGCCAGAUCACCUCAGCCCAGUACGACCUUCAACGCGAGCGUUUACAUCAGCCUUUACGUGGACGUUACCUCCGCGGUGUCGCGUCUCAAAGGGACGAAUCUACAACACGAAGAGCUGCUGAAACUUUGAGGAUAUGAGUGAGUUUAGAUUAAAGGGUCAGUUCACCGAGGACGCGUCUUCCUUAGAUAGUUUAGAUGUUUUAAGAUACCGACGUCCGACAACUCUGCUGCCGUCCGAGAUCUCUGAACUACAGAUUAAACGGUCGGGUGUGUUUAUUUUCAAGCUUGAGCUGACUCGAGUGACAUCACGCGAGGUCGCUGUCAGCGUGCACAGAGCUCCCCGCGGAGACGCCGAGCGCUUUGUUAUCGACGCGAUCAGAUCGACCAGCAGCAGCUCAGGGAGGAAGUCAGGGCACUUAAGCUGCAUCCUGUUUGAGCCAACUGCUCGUGACUGCAGCCUGAGAAUGUUUGUCAGAGUUUCAGUGAGACGAACCGUUAAAAACGAGGUCAGCCGCUCGUACCUCACUGCAUGGCUUCCUUUGUGGUGCACUGGCCCUUUAAAGAUCAGCCUCCUGUGAGGUGGAGCCAGCAGAGGGCGCCGGCGUGCCUUCAUGAUUCUGCUGUCAGUUUGAUUUUUGUGAACGCACACUGAUUUAAAGUUUGAACAUUUUAUACUUGAAUAAUGAAAGUGCAGCGUCUGUCCUGUGCCUCGAUGACAUGUACAUAUGUUAAUGUAACUUAUUGUGAUGAUGAAAAUUAAAACAAAUAAAAUCUAAAUAAACUCA